AUGGCCAUCAACGAGAAGAAUAGUCCGUUGGACUUCUCCACCUUCCACAAUGUCAUCAACAACGAAUUAACCACCACCGUGGUGACUCGCCAUAGCAUCAAUCCCGCCAACUCCCAACCAAACCCGGAGGUUCCAAUCUCCACACAGGAGGAUCUAGACAAAGCGGUCCAAGCCGCCCGGACUGCCUUUCAAACUUGGUCGAAGACAUCGUUCGAAGAGCGCCGGAGCGCCUUGCUGGCCUAUGGCGACGCGAUCAAAGCCAAUGCGGACGGCUUCUCCAAGACCCUCACAAUGGAGCAAGGCAAGCCGCUCAAUCAAGCAGCCACUGAGGUGGGCAUGGGUAGUUCUUGGAUUGAAGGUAUUACCAGCCUGCAGAUUCCAGAAAAUGUUAUCGAGGAGACCCCGGAUCGCAAAAUUGUGCAACGAUACACGCCAAUUGGCGUAACUGGCGCCAUUGUGCCAUGGAAUUUCCCGGUUCUCCUCGCUGUGGGAAAGAUCACUCAGGCAGUAUACACCGGAAACACGGUCAUCGUCAAGCCAUCUCCCUUCACUCCAUACUGUGACUUGAAGCUAGCGGAGCUAGCCACUCGUUUCUUCCCUCCAGGCGUGGUGCAGUGUCUGAGUGGAGAUGAUUCACUUGGCCCAAUGGUCACGGAGCAUCCAGGAAUCGAUAAGAUCUCCUUUACCGGAUCAAUUCUGACUGGCAAGCGAGUCAUGGCUAGCUGCGCAAAGACCCUGAAACGUCUCACUUUGGAGCUGGGUGGAAAUGACCCCGCCAUUAUAUGCGAUGAUGUUGAUAUUGAUGCGAUCAUUCCAAAGAUCGGUAUUCUCUCUUACCUCUGCAGCGCUCAGAUCUGCAUGAUGAUCAAGCGCCUUUAUGUCCACGAAAACAUCUAUGACCAGUUUCUGGAGAAACUGGUCGCCUUUGUCAAAGGCCUUAAAGUGGGUGAAGGUACCGAGGAUGACGUUUUCGUUGGACCCGUCCAGAAUAAGAUGCAAUAUGAAAAGGCGAAAGACCUGUUCAGCACCAUUUCCACCGAUAACCUCAAGGCAGUCCUAGGAGGCACCAUCGAGGAAUCCAAGGGCUAUUUCAUCCAUCCGACCAUCAUUGACAACCCUCCCGAGUCUUCGAGAGUGGUGCAGGAGGAGCCGUUCGCUCCUAUCCUCCCUGUUAUGAAGUGGUCGGAUGAAGAGGACGUCAUCCAGAAAGCCAAUGCUCUGGAGACUGGCUUAGGCUCGUCUGUGUGGAGUAAAGAUUUUGAGCGUGCGACUCGCAUUGCAGACCAGCUCCAGUCUGGCAGCGUUUGGGUCAAUUCACACUUCGACGUAUCGCCGACAGCUCCAUUUGGUGGACAUAAGCAGAGUGGUAUCGGGGUUGAAUGGGGCUUGAGUGGUUUGCUAGGAUACUGCAACUCGCAAACGCAGUGGCUUAAGAAGAGUUUCUAG